CCUCAGUGCUCCGAUGUUUGCGCACGCUCAGUUCUUCGCCGCGCACGCGUAGUGCGGCGUAGCCGCUCUGAGAAGACGGAGUGGACUGUCGACUGAUUUGAGGUGGAGACGGUGGCGAUAGACUUUUUUUUUUUUGUGGCGAGCUCGGUCUGCAAUGUGUAGCUUGUGAGGGACCGAGACCGCGAACAGCGGCGAGGGAGCGAAGAACGCCAUGAAUCUGCGGGGCUUGUUUCAAGAUUUCAAUCCUAGUAAAUUUCUUAUCUAUGCUUGCCUGCUGCUGUUCUCAGUUCUGCUUUCUCUCCGGCUGGAUGACAAGAUUCAAUGGAGCUACUGGGCAGUGUUUGCUCCAAUAUGGUUAUGGAAGUUAAUGGUCAUUGUGGGUGCCUCGGUAGGAACUGGAGUUUGGGCACGGAACCCACAGUAUCGAGCAGAAGGUGAAACAUGUGUGGAGUUUAAAGCUAUGUUAAUUGCAGUGGGCAUCCACUUGUUACUGCUGAUGUUUGAAGUCCUAGUCUGCGAUGGAAUCGAGAGAGGAACCCGCUUCUGGCUUCUGGUCUUCAUGCCAUUGUUCUUUGUGUCUCCAGUGUCAGUUGCAGCUUGUGUGUGGGGAUUUCGGCAUGACAGAUCUCUAGAGCUGGAAAUCCUGUGUUCUGUCAACAUUCUUCAGUUCAUAUUUAUUGCACUCAGACUGGAUGAAAUUAUCAAGUGGCCAUGGCUUGUUGUCUGUGUCCCCCUGUGGAUCUUGAUGUCCUUUCUGUGCUUAGUCGUACUCUAUUAUAUUGUCUGGUCUGUCUUAUUCUUGCGCUCAAUGGAUGUGAUUGCUGAACAAAGGAGAACUCACAUAACUAUGGCCAUCAGUUGGAUGACAAUUGUGGUUCCAUUACUCACCUUUGAAAUCCUGCUGGUGCACAGAUUGGAUGGACACAAUACAUUUUCAUACAUACCCAUAUUUGUUCCUCUUUGGCUUUCACUGAUAACUUUAAUGGCAACAACAUUUGGGCAGAAGGGAGGCAAUCAUUGGUGGUUUGGAAUACGCAAAGACUUUUGCCAAUUCCUGCUUGAAAUUUUCCCAUUCCUAAGAGAAUAUGGCAACAUUUCGUAUGAUUUGCAUCACGAAGAUAAUGAGGAAGCAGAAGAAACUCCUGUCCCAGAACCUCCCAAAAUAGCUCCAAUAUUUCGGAAAAAGACUGGUGUGGUCAUUACCCAGAGUCCUGGUAAAUAUGUUAUACCACCCCCCAAACUAAAUAUUGAUGUGCCAGAUUAAAAAUGAACAUCAGUACUCUAUGGCACCUAUGAUAUGACUCUUCCCCAUGAAAUGACUCCUAGGAAUUAGUGACCAGCAUUCUUUUAUGUCAUGUCUUGUUUUAAUUUUGUUUAUGGAUAGAAAGAUGUCCUUUAGUAGCUGCAAUAUAGAUAAUGAAGAUUUGUUUUAAUAUAAUUUAAGAGUUUCCACAUAUUAGUACAUAAAAUGCCAUACCACUAAAUCAGUGAAGAGACAAUAGCUGUAAGAAGGCUUACAAACAAAAAACACUUUGUCCCAUUUGCAUCUAUCAAGUAAUUAUCUAUGGAAUUAAUUGUUAUGCUCUUAACUUGCAUAGAGUCCUACAGUAUGACUAAGCAUUUGAAAUAUUGUAUUCAUAAAACUUCAUUCCUAACUACAGUUAUGCAUGGGCAAAUCUGGCUGAAAUCAGUGGCCUUUGCACACAAGUAUCAAAUGGGAAGAGGCUAGGUUUGGGUUGGCAGUGGGCGGGAACCUUUUGAUUUGGAUUAAAACUUCCUGUAUAGUAUUUAUAUGAACUUUUGGCAAUGUAAUAUAUUUUUUAAAAAAAUCUGUACAGUAUAAAUAUGUAAAAGUAUUUUUUUAAGAAGCUGUAUGAAAUGCAAAAUCUCUUGUGAAUGACAUCUUUUCUUUUUAAUUUUGUAUACUUUGCUUCCAUUUGUCAAGUCUCAUAGCCACAUGGUAUUAUUGUAUUGGCAUACAUUUGCCUUGCCUUUCCCCUUUGAACAAAGGACACUACAUUUCAGGAAUGUCCUCAGGUAGGACUUGAAGUGUUCUUCCUCUUUUAAUGGAUCAGAUGAUCAUAAAAAUGUAUGUAAAUUAUUUUGUAAAUUACCACAAUCUUUGUACUGUGUAGAGGAACAGAUGCGGACUGUCUUUUUAGAAAGUUGCUUUUCAACAGUUGUUGAAAUGUUACUGUUAUAUAAUUUCUGUUUCUCUCACUUUUUGGCUGUUCAAUAAAGUAUCCACUCAUAUCA